AUGAGAUUUAUGAUAUCUUGGAGUUGCAAGGCUGUUGGAGCUGAAUUUGAUGAUCUGAAUGCAAAGUACCGUGAUGCUGAGAAGGAAGUCAAUAUGUUGCAAAUAAAAAUACAAGAAGUUAAUGGUAGCCUAUCCAGACACCACAAGGAUUUGGAAUCAAGAAAGAGAUUUAUUGAAUCCAAGCUUCAGUCUUUGGAUCAGCAAUGUUCUGGACUUGAUUCUUAUCUCAAGGUUUUAGAGUCUUCCAAGGAGAAAAGAGAUGUCCAGAGAAGCAAAUAUAAUAUUGCUGAUGGUAUGCGCCAAAUGUUUGAUCCUUUUGAAAGGGUUGCUAGAGCUCAUCAUGUUUGCCCUUGCUGUGAGCGCCCUUUCUCUCCGGAAGAAGAAGACAAUUUUGUCAAGAAGCAAAGAGUGAAGGCAGCCAGUUCAGCUGAACAUAUGAAAGUUCUUGCUGUGGAAUCCUCAAAUGCAGAGUCUCAUUAUCAGCAGCUGGACAAGCUUCGGAUGGUUUAUGAAGAAUAUGUUAAACUUGGCAAGGAGAUCAUCCCUAAUACUGAAAAGGAACUUCAGCAACUUAAAGAUGAGAUGGAAGACAAAUCUCAGGCUCUUGAUGAUGUUUUAGGUGUUUUAGCUCAAGUAAAGACUGACAGGGAUUUGGUUGACACAUUGGUGCAACCUGUUGAAAAUGCUGAUCGACUUUUCCAAGAAAUUCAAGAUUUGCAAAGGCAAGUUGAGGAUUUAGAAGAGAAGCUUGAUUUUCGAGGACAGGGAGUGAGGACUCUGGAAGAGAUUCAGUUGGAGCUUAACACACUGCAGAGCACUAAGGACAAUUUGCAAUCUGAAUUGGAGAGGUUGAGGGAAGAACAAAGGCAUAUGGAGAAUGAUCUAUCAAAUAUUCGAAUACGGUGGCAUAAUCUAACGAAGGAGAAAAUGAAAGCAACUAACAUAUUGGAAGGUGUCAAAAGAUUAGAAGAAGAAUUGGAGCGUUUAACUGAAGAAAAGACCCAAGUUGAUCUCGAUGAGAAGCAUUUGGCAGAUGCUCUUGAACCUUUUUCCAAGGAGAAAGAUAAAUUACUGGCUAACUAUAAUGAACUGAAAAUUAGACUCAACCGUGAGUUUGAGGACCAGGCUGAACAAAAGAGAAGUUAUCAGCAAGAAGCUGAAUCACUUUUCAGAAUGAAUUCUAAGAUCAAAGAGUAUUCUGAUUUAAAGAAAGGAGACAGGUUGAAGGAACUGCAGGAAAAGAAUUCUCUAUCACAUUCUCAACUUCAAAGUUGUGAUACCAGGAAACAGGAAAUUUUAGCUGAGCUAGUCAAAAGUAAAGAUUUAAUGCAAAAUCAAGAUCAGUUAAGAAGAAAAAUUGAUGACAACUUAAAUUAUAGGAAAACAAAGGCUGAAGUAGAUGAGCUGGCACAUGAAAUUGAAACACUGGAAGAAAAUAUAUUGAAGGCUGGUGGGAUCUCCACAAUUGAAACUGAACGCCAGAAACUAUCGCAGGAGAGGGAGAGACUUCUUUCAGAGGUAAACAGAAGCCGUGGAACAAUGUCUGUUUACCAAAACAAUAUUUCCAAAAAUAAGGUUGAUCUUAAGCAGGCUCAAUACAAGGACAUAGAUAAGCGAUACUUUGACCAGCUUAUCCAGCUUAAGGUGUAA